AUGCUGCUGCCGAUGAAUGAUUUGGAUCUCCGGCUGACCCCGACCCUCUCUCCCAAGGUUGUUUUGCUGUGCAAACCGGAUUUAAGGCGGCCUGGCACACCUUCGACGAACUCCGAGGAGUCGGCGACCACUUGUUUCGAGAGCAGCGCUACUGGGGCGUGGGGCGGUGGAAGAGAUCAGUACGGCGGUGAUGAGGAGAAGAAGCUGCUCAACUUGUUCGUUUGA